AUGGCUUCUAUUGGGGUUUCCCUUUCUCAUGUAACCAGCAACCCAUCUUUGGGUGAAGACAAGCCUUCCUUUUUUAGCAUCAGAGCAUACAUAAGCUUCAUCAAGCCUGAUCAAACAAUGUGGUACCGGACUUGUAAGACAUGCAACAAGAAAGUCACAGAUGCUAUUGGAUCUGGGUAUUGGUGUGAAGGAUGCCAAAAGAAUGAUGAUGAGUGCAGUUUAAGGUACAUAAUGGUAGUGAAAGAUUCAGAUGCUAGUGGUGAAGCAUGGCUUUCUCUGUUCAAUGAACAAGCAGAGAGAAUAUUUGGGUGCUCUGCUGAUGAGCUUAAUAAGCUGAAAUCACAGGAGGGAGAAGAGAACCUAUUCCAACAGAAAUUGAAGGAAGCUAUUUGGGUCUCUCAUCUUUUCCGGAUUAGUGUUGCACAACAUGAGUACAUGAACGAGAAAAGGCAGAGGAUAACACCCAGGGCUGUUGUUCCAGUUGAUUAUGCAGCUGAAUCCAGAUUACUGUUAGAGGAGAUAUCAAAGAUGAAGACUUCACAAUAGGCUCCUUAGUUUAUUUUGUUCUUUGGAUAACGAUAUUUAGUCAGUAUGCCUUCAGUUCCCUCUA